CUGUAAAGCAGUUUGAGAGUCGUUCGGGAUUUUACAUCUAGACGAGAUCCAGUAACAUAUGACUCUUUACAUUAGAACUAAAUAUGAUUCAUUCUUUUAGGAGAAGCAUUAAUAUUGACCAAACGACAUGGUUUGGUCGUGGAUAAAGUGUUUGCUUCCUGGAAGAGACAUCCGAGAGGAAACUUCUUGCUCACGGAAAUCCAGACUCUUGAGUUCAUAACCCUCAGAUGCAUCUGGGAACUCCUGUGCUCCACUGAAGACACUUGUGGAUUAAAUACCCUUUAUCGGUCAUAAAUUGUGCCAGACAUGGCGAAGUCUGGAUAUGGCUACUACCGAGCCACUAUAUUCCUUGCCAUGUUUGUGGGCUACACAUUGUAUUACUUCAACAGGAAGACGUUUUCUUUCGUGAUGCCCUCUGUAAUGCAGGAGAUCACGCUGGAUAAGGAUGAUCUGGGUCUUAUUACUAGUAGUCAAUCGCUGGCGUAUGCCAUCAGUAAGUUCAUAAGCGGUGUGCUGUCCGAUCAGAUCAGUGCACGGUGGCUUUUCUCUAUUGGGCUGUUUACGGUUGGUGGCAUCAAUGUGGUUUUCUCCCAGUCCUCCUCGGUGGAGGUGUUCGCAAGCCUGUGGUUUCUGAAUGGACUGGGUCAGGGUUUGGGUUGGCCACCAUGUGCAAAAGUACUACGAAAGUGGUUUGAGCCAUCUCAGUUUGGGACGUGGUGGGCAGUGCUGUCCUGCAGUAUGAAUUUGGCUGGUGGUCUAGGGCCCAUCAUUGCUACACUAAUGGCUCAGAGCUACAGCUGGAGAUCCACGCUGUCCAUCUCGGGCCUGACCUGUGUGGUCAUGUCCGUCUUCUGUCUGCUUGUUAUCCGAAAUGAGCCAAGUGAAGUUGGCUUGCCCAAUAUUGAAACUGGCGCAAAUAAAGGCAAAGGAGGCUCCAGCAGAGAUGAAAGCACAUUCAAAGAGUUCAUUCUUUCUCCAUAUCUGUGGGUCCUAUCAUUGGGCUACUUGGUGGUGUUUGGGGUGAAGACAGCUUACACUGACUGGGGACAACUUUUCCUUAUCCAGGACAAGGGCCAGUCAACACUAAUGGGCAGUUCUUUCAUGAGUGCUCUAGAGAUUGGAGGACUGAUGGGUAGUUUAGCUGCAGGAUACCUGUCGGACAGGGCUGUGGCAAAGCAAGGAUUGCGCAUGUAUGGUAACCCUCGCCAUGGUCUCUUGCUAUCCAUGAUGGCUGGGAUGUGUGUCUCCAUGUACCUCUUCCGUACCACUGUCACAGCACACAGCUCAAAUGUCUGGACUCUUCUGUUGGGUGCAGCCUUUGGCUUCUCCUCAUAUGGACCGAUCGCAUUAUUCGGAGUUCUUGCGAAUGAGAGCGCUCCAUCAAACUACUGCGGAACCUCUCAUGCCAUUGUUGCCUUGAUGGCAAACGUUGGUGGUUUCCUCUCAGGGUUGCCUUUUGGGACCAUUGCCAAACACUAUGGAUGGAACACAUCUUUCUGGGUAGCAGAAGUAACCUGCACAAUCGCCACAGUUGGAUACUUCCUGCUUCGGAACAUCCGCACCAGGAUGGGAAGUGUACCCAAGAAAGCUGACUGAACAUAAGAGUA